AUGGGAUCUGAUUUUUAUCAUCAAUUAUUUCAAUUCUUCUCCUUUUUUUGGCAGCAAGAAAUAAUCUCCAUUCAUAUCGGUCAAGCAGGUACACAAAUCGGUAACGCUUGUUGGGAAUUAUACUGCAUUGAACACGGAGUUCUACCCAAUGGAUUCCUCACCACUGAUGUAGCCCCUUGUUGUCUCAGAGAGUGCGAAACAUUUACUACAUUUUUCGAGGAAACAAUCGUAGGAAAAUAUGUACCCAGAGCUGUGUUUGUUGAUUUGGAACCCAAUGUUAUCGAUGAAAUACGAAACAAUCAAUUCCAACAUUUCUUCCAUCCUUCUGGUUUGAUUUCUGGUAAAGAAGAUGCGGCUAAUAAUUUCGCCAGAGGGAGAUACACCGUUGGUAGAGAGUUAUCUUCGGCUUUAUUCACCGCAAUUAGGAAGGAGGCUGAUUUGUGUAAUAAUUUGGAAGGGUUCUUUAUAUUUCAUUCGAUGGGUGGUGGUACAGGAUCUGGAUUGACGUCUUUGUUAAUGGAACAUCUGACUGCCGAGUAUGGGAAGAAGCAUAAAUUGCAGUUUAUUAUUUACCCAUCUCCGAGACUAUCCACCUGUGUAGUGGAACCCUACAACGCUGUCUUAACCACCAGCGACACGAUAGAGAGCAGUAACUGCGCCUUUCUCACCGAUAACGAAGCCCUCUACGACAUUUGCUCUCGCCACAUAGACAUGGAAUUACCCACAUACGUGGACUUGAAUCGUAUCCUAGCUCAAGUCAUCUCGGCUCUAACCGCCUCCAAACGUUUCGAAGGCUCCAUCAACGUCGACUUGACCGAAUUUCAAACCAACUUGGUACCCUACCCUCGAAUACACUUUCCACUCAUCUCGUACGCUCCGUUUUUCUCAAUUCAGCGAGCCAAUCACGAAAUAGUAACAAUAUCCCAGCUAACCCGUAUGUGUUUCGAAAGAAGCGCCCAAAUGCUAAAAUGUGAUCCGCGUCAUGGUAAAUAUAUGGCUUGCUGUAUGCUGUAUCGUGGCCUAGUGCCACCCAAAGAAGUGAAUUCUUCGAUCCAGCUGAUCAAAGCGAGCCAAAUACCUUUCGUGAAAUGGUGCCCUACCGGUUUCAAAGUAGGUAUCAACUACCAACCUCCGGCCGCCGUACCAGGCAGCAAUUUAGCCAAAGUGGACUUGGCUUGUUGCGCAGCCAGCAAUACAACAGCGAUUGGCGAGGUUUGGGCGAGAAUUAAUUACAAAUUUGAUCUAAUGUUCUCGAAGAGAGCUUACGUUCAUUGGUACAUUGGCGAAGGCAUGGAAGAAUCUGCGUUCGUUGAUGCUAGGGAAAACUUGGCUGCUUUGGAGAAAGAUUACGAAGAAUGUGCUCAGGAUGGCGAUGAUCAGAGUUCUUCUGAGGGCGAAUCAGAAGGCGAGAGCGGUACUACUGGGGAGACGUUGACGACUGCUUAUCCUACUAUUCAAGAUUCUGGUGAGGGUGGCCAGAAGUAGUCUGUUUUUUGUUUGAAAUUUAUUUGUUAUAAGAAAACGAGUUGUGUUGAAGUUUUAUUGUUUACUUUAACUAUUUUAUAAUCGAGUGAAUUUUUUGAAUAUUUACGAUAAGGUAUUCUUAGGGGCAUUUUUUAAUUUCUGAAAUUUCUAAUGUGUUAGCACAGGUACUUUUGUUUGUUGGUGGUUUUGUUUUGAAAUUUUUUAUCGUAUUUUUAAAAUGGUUGAAAUUGUUAUUUUAAAAUUUGUGUUCGGGGAGUUUUUUUUUUUUUUUUUUUUUUUUUUAUAAAUAAA